CCUUUUCCCAGGCCCAGAAUGUUCCUUUGCUAGGCCCUGGGGCCUUUGUGUCUAGUCAUGAGGCCUGAAGGGGGUGGGGACAGUUGAUAAAAGGCACCAAAGGCAGCUCCCACACCCUUCCUCAGCACCGCUGCCCACAUGCAGCCCAGGACACAGCCCCUAACCCAGGCCUUACCCUUCUCCCUUGGAGGGGUCCUGCGAGACGCUGGGCUCCGUGUGCCUGUCAUUAAGAUGGGCACAGGGUGGGAGGGCCUGCAGCGAACCCUGAAGGAAGUGGCCUACAUACUGCUCUGCUGCUGGUGUAUCAAGGAGCUGCUGGACUGAUGACGCCAGGGAGCGGCGUCCUCUACCGCUGACAGCAUGGCUGGCACCGCUCAGCCCCAUCAAGACUCCUGGGGCCGGCUGUGCCUGACCAAGGACAGGUGGGCCACAAACGACGACUGAAGAGUGAAGUGUGGAUCCUGCUUUGAGCUGUGCCAUCUGCCAGACUAGCCUCGUCUCUGGACCUCAGUCCCCAGCCUCUGCCUCUGUCGAACCUCUGGUGAGCGGGAGUCUGGCCUGCUGGCCGGCGCUCCAGUAAGACUACCGCAGGACCUGGCACACCUCUACGCCUGGCACAGUGAGCCCGCCAGCCCAGAUGGGUGAUCUCACCGUGCUCUUAGUACCAGGCAUGGGCUGUGCCCUAAGAUCUCUGAGAAUCGCUGAACUAUACGUAUAAUAAAAAGGCUUUGAGGCCAAAAGUUCCAAAUGUCUAAGGGGGAAGGAGACCAAAGUCAGCACUGAAGGAGUCUUCGAGCCAGAGUGCAGACCAAGGAGGGAAGGACGUUGUCCGGGACAGAAGUGACAUUGAAAUCCAGGUUUCCUGACUCACUCGUACCUGGGUGGGGAGAGUGGAGGGGAGAAAGGCCAGGAUCCUCCCACCUAUGUAUAGCAAGGGGUCCAGCUUGGUGUGUUCUGUGAGGCCAGGGUAUUAGAAGGGCCACCCGAGGGACUCAACCCUUCCCCAGAUAGAGGACCUGGUGUAGGAGCUCCCUGCCUCUGAGGAGCUUAGGGAAGCACCAGGCUAUUCCCAGUUUGUGGAGGAAGUGGGCCCCAUGAGCUACCAGGCUUAUCAGGGCACGACUCCUAUCAGGACACCAACCGUUUCAGUGAGUAGAAUUGACUCCUCGCUUCCCCUUGGAAGCCAAUAACAGGAUUUCCCAAAAGACUCCCAGCGGUAGGUACCUGUGCCCAUCAUCUUGCUCACGCUUACUCACACGCCCCCCCCACGGCCUCCCACAACCGCAAGGCCAGCAACAGGGCUUGUUCAGUGUCCCGCUGGGAUCGCCAUUCAGAGUUCCGGACCUCCGUGGGCCCAAGUGUUGCUCAUCCCCCUUUCUCAUCUGGGACACUGGCCUGAUCCGGUAUAUGGGGCCCUCUUGCUCCCUCUCUGGGAUGAGCUCUUCUUCACCCUUCUUAGUUAACUCCUUUCUCUCUGGGUUUUUUCCUUUUUGUAAAGGUAGUAUAUGCCUAAAGUAAGGAAUUCUCUUUUCUUUUUUGCAGUUCUAGGGAGUGAAGUGAACCCACAGGCGUUCUUUACUCCUAGUCUUUUUUUUUUUUUAGUUGUAGAUAGACACAAUACCUUUAUUUUAUUUAUUUACUUUUAUAGGAUGCUGAGGAUCGAACCCAGUGCCACACAGAUGUGAGCCAAGCGCUCUGUCACUUAGCUACAACCACAGCCUUCUCCCCAGUCAUUUUUAACUUUUGAGAUAGGGUCUUGCAAAGUUGCUGAGGAUGGCCUUGAACUUGCUCAGCUUCCUCGGAUCACUGGGAUUACAGGUCUGUCCCACCGCACCCCACUUAAAGAACUCUAGUAGUAAAAAUUAAGUCUCCUACACCUAUCCCCCAGCCUCCCUGCCUGCCUCCCUUGAAGAUAACCACAGUAGACAACUUCUUGAAGAACAUUCCAGAGAUAGUUAUGCAGGUCUGGAUCUUCAUUCAUUCAUUCAACAAAUAUAAUUGACUGUCUGCUGUAUGUAAGUCUGGGUGUUUUGGAUACAGCAAUAAACAAAGCAGAUCCCUGUA